AUGGACAAUCCGUUGUUUGCACAAAACCGCAACAACUUCAUGCCGUUGUUGUUGUGGUCGCUAGGGCCGUUCUUCCCAAUCACGCCGUUCCACUUUUCAACGUCUACUCCGACGUGCGCAUUAAAAUCGCCCAUCAAUAUGACCCAUGUUCCUCAGCACAAUGUCCACUCGCUGAAACUUUGGCAGCAAGUUGAAGUCGAUUCGGAAAACGAAGUUGAAAAGCUUAAAAUACCCAGUUUUGGUCCAAAUCGGCCAGCUCUCAUUAUUCAUGACUUUCGAAAAAAUGUUACGAUAAUUACUGAUCUCACUGGUCGACGGUGCUUUCUGAAGCCGCUUGACGAACACAUCGCUCCGCCGGCCAACCUUAUUGACCUUGUCAGAAAAUUUGAGCGCGGCUACUACGAACCGGACAUAAAAGUGCUUCGUGAAGAUUAUGAAGUUUCUUCUGCACCUUUGACUGAGGAAGAACUUAACGAAAGUCCGCCGUUUCUGUUCAAAGAAAUCAAGUCAUUUCCGGUUUACUGGCUGAAAAGCACCAAACCGAAAAAUCGAUAUCGACUCCUGCCCAAUGCACCGUACAAGGUGCCGCAAACUGGUUGUUUGGUGGUAUUUCUUCCUAGCUACACCGAAUGA